UCCUCGCGGGCUGCGAUUGGCCGAGAGCGGCGCGGGGCGGGGCCAGAAAGGGCCGGUAUCGCGCGGACCGCCUCAAAAGAGCCCAGAAUAUUGCAGCGCGCACUGGAGCCCUGGCCAGCGCGCAGCCUUCCCGGCGCCGGCAAGCUGGGUCUUGGGAAUCUGUUUUGCUUCGGCUCACUCACUUUUGCAAACCACUGGAUCUUACACGCCUCUGUACCUCCCACUUCACUCCAUGUCUCCAGGCUCCGGCGCCAGCAACAGGACAUGUACACUUGAUGUCAGCUGAGUUACCAAGGUAGCUCUGCAUGUGAGUAAACCAACCUUCGUAGACUCGCAAGGUCCCCGGCUGGAGACACCCAUCUGUCCUCAUUUUUUUUUGUGUGUGUGUGUCCCCGCUGAACAUUCAAAACUGUUUCUCCAAAGGGUUUUGCAGAAACUCAGACUGUUUUCCAAAGCAGAAGCACUGGCGUCCCCAGCAGAAGCGAUGGGCAGUGUGCGAACCAACCGCUAUAGCAUUGUUUCCUCCGAAGAAGACGGCAUGAAGUUGGCUACCAUGGCGGUGGCCAAUGGCUUUGGGAAUGGAAAGAGUAAAGUCCACACUCGGCAACAGUGCAGGAGCCGGUUUGUGAAGAAAGAUGGCCACUGUAACGUGCAGUUCAUCAACGUCGGGGAGAAGGGACAGCGCUACCUUGCUGACAUCUUCACUACGUGUGUGGACAUUCGCUGGCGGUGGAUGCUGGUGAUCUUCUGCCUGGCUUUUGUUCUCUCGUGGCUGUUUUUUGGCUGUGUGUUCUGGUUGAUAGCUCUGCUCCACGGAGAUCUGGAUGCGUCUAAGGAGAGCAAAGCUUGUGUGUCUGAAGUCAACAGCUUCACAGCCGCCUUCCUCUUCUCCAUUGAGACCCAGACAACCAUCGGCUACGGGUUCCGCUGCGUCACCGACGAGUGCCCGAUUGCCGUUUUCAUGGUCGUGUUCCAGUCCAUCGUGGGCUGCAUCAUCGAUGCUUUUAUCAUUGGCGCGGUCAUGGCAAAGAUGGCCAAGCCGAAGAAGAGAAACGAGACUCUCGUCUUCAGCCACAAUGCUGUGAUCGCCAUGAGAGACGGCAAGCUGUGCUUGAUGUGGCGGGUGGGCAAUCUGCGCAAAAGCCACUUGGUGGAAGCUCACGUCCGAGCACAGCUCCUCAAAUCCAGAAUUACUUCUGAAGGGGAGUACAUCCCUCUGGAUCAAAUAGACAUUAACGUUGGCUUUGACAGUGGAAUUGACCGUAUAUUUCUGGUGUCCCCAAUCACUAUCGUCCACGAAAUAGAUGAAGACAGUCCUUUAUAUGAUUUGAGUAAGCAGGACAUUGAUAACGCAGACUUUGAAAUUGUUGUGAUACUAGAAGGCAUGGUCGAAGCCACCGCCAUGACGACACAGUGCCGCAGCUCCUAUUUGGCCAAUGAGAUCCUUUGGGGACACCGCUACGAGCCAGUGCUCUUUGAGGAGAAACACUACUACAAAGUGGACUACUCAAGGUUCCACAAAACUUAUGAAGUACCCAAUACCCCCCUUUGUAGUGCCAGAGACCUAGCAGAAAAGAAAUAUAUCCUCUCCAACGCUAAUUCAUUUUGUUAUGAAAAUGAAGUGGCCCUCACAAGCAAAGAGGAAGACGACAGUGAAAAUGGAGUUCCAGAGAGUACCAGCACAGACACUCCCCCCGACAUUGACCUUCACAACCAGGCAAGUGUUCCUCUCGAGCCCAGGCCCUUGCGGCGAGAAUCGGAGAUAUGACUGACCAAUUCGUUCUCUGGAAAAUUUCCAUAAGUACACAGUGUGUUGGUCAGAGGCCCGAAACAGUUACACAGACCACGGUACUGGUCAGGAGGUGGGGCGAGGCAGGUGGCCACAAGAGACUGAGGCUAGCACGAGUGGUUUUGAGAAAGACUGUGAGCCCGAUGAUUUAAGUCAAGUACUCAACAGGCCUCCAUGUGACUCAAUGGCACAUAUGUGUUAUACAAUAAGUUAUGGGUUUUUAAUGUAUUGUUUUGUGUUUUUACAAAACUUGAAUUUGCAGGCAAGCUUUGGUUGGGUAUUUGACUUAUCCAGAAUGCUUCUGUUUAGGGAACAAGAAUGUUUUUAAUGGCAUAACAAAGGCAAGACUUUGCCUUAAUUUUUGAAAAGCUGCUAACUACAUGAACACAAAUGGUAUUUUUGUUGUAGUGUAGUUUUUCUUUUAUGUAAUUUAAAAGUCAGUGUUGAACUUUGUCGGAGGCUCAUGAUGCACUGCAAAGUGGCAAGUAUUUGGCUAUUAGCUGCCAAAGUGAGAGCCUGAUUUUUUGAGGCCAGUAAUUAGUUUGCUAGAAUUGAUCUCUCUCUCAUAUUCUCUCUCUCUCUCUCUCUCUCUCUCUCUCUCUCUCUCUCUCUCUCUCUCUGUCUGUCUCUCUCUGUCCUCUCUCUCUUUUUCUCUUCGGUUACAUAAGGGCAUUAUGUAACACUAGCCAAAUGGUAGCCUCUGGGUUUUUUUUUUUUUUUCCUUUCUCUUCAGGAUAUUAAUGGGUUAUCUCAAAUUUUCAGUUAGACUACCUAAAUGGAUACCAAAGAUAAUGCACAUUUUUGCACAACGGAGCUUACACUAGAAAGAGAAGAAAGCCCCACGGCUUGCCUUGAAAUCAAGAGACAGUAACUUUGAACCUCAGCAAGACCUUGCAAUGCCUGUGCAUUUGGCACCUUAUUCAGAAAACUUUACAACAAAGACAGAAUCUAGUAAGUGUAGUGCUUUUCAAAUUUUGUCUUUUUGCAAGUACCCUUCUUAUUGGAAGAAGAAGAAUAAAGAGAAAGGACAAUCCACAUAGGAACAGCAGCUUUUGGUUUCCCUCCUGUGGGUCAUGCUCCCCUGAUUAACACGAACAGUCGGCAAUGAGACCACGCUCUUAGCCUUGCCUGGACCCCCCCUUAUUUUUUUUUUUUUUCACAUUCCAACACUUUUCCAUAAGAUAAGGUCUCAGUUGGGCUUUGCCUGUCCACUCGCUUCUUCCCACAGGGGCCAUCCAGCAUUAAAUGGCAGUAGAGUGAAAGAAACAUUUGUACCUGAAUUCAUAGCCUUGGCUGUCAGGACAUUUCUAGCUUGGCAUCACCUUAGAAAAGAUACCAUGCCUGGCCUCUUAGUCAGUUUCUCUGCUCAGCCUGUCUGGAGGGAGACCUGCAGGGCGGAAGCUGGCCACAGGGGCUGCAGCAGGGAGGUGUAGACAAUCCUCUAAGAUGUAACUCUUGAGCUCAAGUAUCCACAAACUUCAGGAAAAUUGCUUCUCCUUAUUUUUAUUGCAGAGGGCAGAAAUGAAAAUGUUUCAGUAUUUUAGGAUCAAAGAGAGUCAGUGAAAGCGUAAUAGCCCGGAAGGAUUAUUUCCUUCUGCGUGUACAUAUGCACGAUGAUCACUGUGAGCCGAAAUAUUACUUUGUGACACUCUAGAGCAGGUUUCUAAGGACACACUGUUUUUGAGAAGUCUCUCUUGCUUGGCUGCUUGCCUUGCUAGAAACACUCCUCUCCCCCAGCUCAAUAAGGAAAGUCUUUUGGUUUAAAUUUCCCUAUUUGUGAAUUCUGGGGCUCCUGACUUUUCUUUUUAAUUGGAGUCUCAAAAUCAACUCUCUUGUGGUAUUAUAUCCUGGUAUGCCAUUAAAAAACAGCUUGUUCUAGAAUCCUGUACUUUGUAAAUUGAUGUGUGUGAUGGUCUCUGGUGUUUGACAGCCAUAUAUGAAUGCAGUACCUGCAGAAAUAUGACAGAUUCUGCUGUUUCCGGCCUUCCACUUUGAUGGGUUUGAAAGCCAUGGGUUAUUUCCAUUGAAACCAAGAAAGAGAGGUUAAGCAAGUGGAUGUUAUUUAAAAAUCCAAAGUUAAAGGCAGGUUGGGGAAGUUGUUUAAGGACUCGGAGGAAAUAGGGAGGAGAUAAUUUAUAGAACCGACAAUAAUUUGGCCUUUGACUGUCAGAGGCUACUGAGGGCUUUAGCUGCUGCUAUGAUGAUGUUUUGCAAAGGAAAAUAAUCAAACCAAAGAGUAUUCAGUGACAUAUAAAUUAAAGGAAGACGCAGAGGAGAGUGAGGGUGAUCACAGGGGGAGGCCCUCCUCCCAAACACACAGCGUUACCACUUCAAAAGACUUGAGACAGUCAAGGGGAGUGUGUCCAGGGGUGAGAAAUAGGAAGGGAAACUCUUUCAACUGAUUUCUGAAAAGGAGACAAUAAAAUCUAAAAUCUCUGGUGCACAGGUUUGUUUUUCUUUUUUCAAAGAGAAUUUUGCAGAAGCUACGUUUUUAAAGUGUACAUUUUAUAAAGUUUAUCAGAUAUUUUCAUAUUUAAAGCCAAAUGUAAAUAGAAGUGUGUGAAGCAAAAAGAAAAAAAAAAAAAAAGGAAAAAGAAAAAAAAAAAAAAAAAAAAAACGCCAUAGAAAGUAUAAUUUCCAUGCAGCGAUUUCUGAAAGCUAGUACCUAUAUGCUACCGGUGAGCAUGGUUUCAGCAAA